AGACAAGUUCCGUCAAAGUGCAGCAAAAAGUGGCCUCAAAACAUACAAAUUAUUGUGUAUCUGUUUUUAAUCCGUAUUAUCUCUCUGUACAGCCAGAACCUUUUGUGUGAUUUCACGCAGCAAAAUGUCCUUCGAAGUCAAGACCCUGACGAAGCCCGAGAAAACGGAUGUGGAGUGCUCAGGAUGCUCGAGCAGUGCCACGGAAGAGGGUCGAGGCUUCCGCGUGCGGAAGCGACUGUCUGAGCCAAUGUGUUGUCCCAUCUGUAGCUGUACAGUGCGUCCCAUGGAGAUUGAUCAGCACUUCGCCCUGGAGGUGGACCGGCUGGACAAACUCUCCAGCCAGCGGAGCAGGAAGCUCCCCGGACAGCAGAAUCAUGCCUGUGGUGCGAGCACAUCGAGUGGCAGCUCCUCUGUCCAGUCGCCAAGUGGCUCCAGCUCGUCUGCCGGGAAUUCCACAGGGGAGUCCGCUUGGGGAACGUAUCAGAAAAUCAAGAGCAAUCGACAGACAAGACUGAAGAUGAAAUCCAAGAAGCGGAAACUGGAGCAUUCCUGCCCGAUUUGUGACAAAUCCAUUCCCGGCACCGAAGACAUCAACGUUCACGUGGAGGCGUGCCUGAAGAAGAGUCGCCAGGGCAGGAAUUCCGUGUCCGGCAGCAAUUCUAGUGAUGACGACAGCAUCGAUAUCGAUGGGGAGUUUUUUGAGGAGUACGAAUUCGCGGGACAGACGAGAAUCCGAGCCACUAGCAUGGUUGAGGGUGGCUUGGGAGCUGCUGGUGUGGGCACAGUUGUGACCAAGGAGAAUCCAGACGAGGACGACGAGGAUUUGAAUGUGGAUGGCGAUGAUACGCAAGUCUAUGGACCGUCGCAGUACUCAGAGAAGGAUGUCAUUCCGCCGCCGUCGAGUUUGUCGAGUGAGGAGGAGAAUGGAGAGUAUCUCCGGCGUCUGGUCACUGGUUCUAGCUCACGCGUGAUCAGUCCGGAUCCGCCAGAGCUGGAGAAGGUGGACGAGAUGUCACCUUAUCCCACUCCAGAGGCGAAGAACAUAGGGAAACCCCAUGAAAUCACAAUUGAAGCGCUGAAGCAGAAGAUUCUGGAGUUCGAGCGUGGCAGCAGGAAUAAGUGUAAGUGUCUCAUCUGCCUGGAUGAAUUCCGGGUGCCCGUGGUGUCCAUCUCCUGCUGGCACGUGCACUGCGAGGAGUGCUGGCUCAGGACGCUGGGCGCCAGGAAGCUCUGUCCGCAGUGCAACAUGAUCACAUCUCCAUCGGAUCUGCGACGAAUUUACCUCUAAAACAUUUUUAUCAUACCUGACAUUCUCAAUCCUAUGAAAUACAUCGUCUUUUAUAUACGAACAUCUGUGAGCCUUGAGCUUGAAUGUCUUCAGGAAUGCG